AGAGAAGCGAAGGGAAUUUGAAAGGACCACGAAUUCGAAGAUUAUUGUGAUUGAUGAUUUUCUGACACAAGAACUGGGAUUUUAUCUGUAUCAUACCUUGAAGACAGAAAUUACUUUGAACUCGUGAAGGAAGGUCACGACAACGAGAAAAGAUGCAUAAGGUUAACAAGAAACCUCCGCCUGUUGCCAAGAAGGCACCAUCAUCUUCAUCUACUUCCGCAGAGGAGCAGAGCAGUUCUACUACUUCUACCACCCAAGCAGCUGCAGAAAGCUCCAACAAGUCUGUCCAGGAGGUCACUUUAGAUCCGAGUACUAACCAAGUCAUGGUAGAUGGUAAGCCUCUCCCAGCUGGUAGCAUCGAGAAUUUGGACAAGGCUUUUUCCGCUCUUCCAGGGAUGAACGAAGACGAAGAGGACGAAGAAGAAACACCUGAAGUUAUGGAAACGAGCAAUGAGAUAGAUUAGCUAGGAUGUCUUCGUCUCUGCUCUCUCAGUAAAUAUAUAUAAUUCUUUGCUGACGUUGAUAUCCAGUCGUGUCAGAUUCAAGGAAGAAGUAUUUAGAAGUCUACAUCAGAAUGGAAGCAGUAUUUAGAACGAGUUCUCUUACUUUCACAGUACUUCUUACUUUGCAUUAUACUUCAAGCAUGAUACAGCUACAUGGUAUUGUUAGCGACUUAUCUCUAAUCCCCAAUGCUUCGUGAACGACGCUCGAUUCGGUGAGCUCGAGGACAUCAAACUUGUUCUCGCAGACGAGGAAGCAGCCUCUCACCUCAUCAACGCCCAGAUCGAGCCUAAUGGUAGCACAGCUUUGAUGAUGGCCGCUGCAAAUGGGCAUGAAGAAGUCGUAGAAGCGCUGCUGGCUUUUCGGGGGAAGAAUAGAGUUGCCGCAAAUCUGUUGCUUCAAAAUAAAGCUGGCAAUACUGCCCUUCAUUGGGCAGCCAUGAUGGGAAGGAAAAAAGUAGCACAACUUCUUCUCGAGGCAGAAACUGGAUCUAAAAUAUGCUCUAACCCUGCUGAGCAACAACAAGACUCAUCUUCGUCUGCCGCAUCUUCAACAUCUUCUGAGUCGGCAAACAUGUUUAACGAGGCCAAAAGAAAGCCAUUUGACGAAGCUCAAUUGAAAGGUUACAGUGCACUCUGUGAACUGAUUGCGCCGUACACGAACUUCGAGUACUGCUCACCUGAGCCGGAUCCGGAGACGGACAGAAAAUACGGAUUGGGUGGUGCAUGAUUGUGUGGUGCAUGAACGUGUGGUGCAUGAAGAAGAUCUGCUUAGAAGACUGAGGAAAUAGUUGAUAAGGAUAAGCAGAAUCAUUAAACAUGUUGAAGUUGAACGUCUACGCCUAACUUUCUUUCAUAGUUUGUUGCUUAGAACGAAGUUGAAGUACAAUUAAGUACUUACACCUGCUUUACACUUUUGUGUGGCAUGAAAAAUGAACAACGUCCCUGUUCCUUGCAUUGAUGACGCUUAUAAUGAUUUCAACCUGAUAGUAAGGAAAACCCACGUACCACCCAAAAAAUACAAGGCUGAGAGAG